UUGGUAGAGUAUCGCACUCGGCGCUUCUCACAUUCUCUCGCAGCGAAUAGUAAUUUCCUCCCCUAGCGCUGACUGGAAAUAGAGUCUCGACUCGUAAGGAAAGAAGUCCCUGUCACGCUGUGAGUGCUCCCCCCGAGCCAACAUGUACUGUGGUGACGAAACGGGAUCCUUCGUCGGCGACGUCGGUUCCCAUACCAGUCGGUUCGGUUACGGCGGCGAGGACUGUCCCAAAUAUGUGGUGCCGUCGUACGUCGCUCGGAACAAAUCGCCGGACGACCGCGCGCGACGCUCUCCCGUACCGAAUGCGCCCCACCAUCCCCGUUGGGCCGAGGCGGAACUCGCCAGCGCCCUGCGACAAGCGCGAACAGACGAUAAUUCGCAUCAACCGUUGGUCGAUCCCGUGGCGUACCUAGCGCAGGGUGAUUCCGUACAAGAUUGGGAUGCUUACGAACAGCUCUGGCACCGCAUCGUCCACCCUGUUCUGGCGUCCACACCAGGAUGCACCUACAGUGUUGGAGUCGGAGCCAAAGCCAUGGCGUCGGCUCGUCGCCGCGAUCUCGUCCACCGCGUCGAAUGUCUCAUGGAAAGUCUCGACUGCCCCGCGGCCUUUUUGGCGCCAACUCCAAUGCUGAGCGCCUUUGCCUACGGUCGUCAAACCGCACUGGUCGUGGACGUGGGAGCGGGAGGUUGCGUCGCCACGCCCGUCGUGGACGGGCUCUUGUUGACGCAGGCGCAACGACGCAACGGUAGGGGUGGGGACUGGCUGGGGAACGUCACCUGGCAAGCCUUGCUGGAACAGCGGACCAUUGUCCGUCCACGCUAUCAACAACACGCCAGUUUUAAACCCGACGAGUCGGCAGCGAAAAACGGGAUCUUUCAUCGGUGGGCCAUGCAAGAUCUCAUGUACGAAUUUAGAACGUCCGGUAACGUUGCGGUACCGGCAUGGUGGUACGACGAAACAGUACCGUUUUGCAAGAGCCCAGCUACCGAAGCCGGUGACGAAAUAGUGAUCGACCCCAUUUCUCCUGGAGGGUCCGAGUCCAUUACGUACGAACUCCCCGACGGUACGCUGGUGGACUUGACCAAUCGAGUUGGCCGAGACUUGUGUCGCGUUCCAGAAUUGCUCUUUACCGAUCAAGUACCCUUCGUCUCGGCCGAUCAGAUCAGCAACUCGAGCGUGCUUAUGGAACACGAGUCACUAACGAACUUGCCCCUCCACAAGCUCGUGCACGAGUCCCUGGCGGCUGUAGGUGACGUCGACGUCCGCAAGGACUUGGCGGCCAAUAUUGUUUUGACGGGGGCGUCCUCCCUAUUGCCCAAUAUGGAGCAGCGACUAUCUUUGGAAACGUCCCGGAUGACGUCGAGCGCAUACAAGUGCAAAGUGCUGGCCUCUCGACACGCCGUCGAACGGUCCUGUGCUGCGUGGAUUGGUGGUAGCAUCCUCAGCAGUCUCGGUAGUUUUCAGCAAUUAUGGCUGAGCCGGACCGAGUACGAAGAAUACGGCGCGACGCUGGCGAUUCAGCGCUUUCCUUAA